ACCAGAGCCCCCCCGUGUGCUCCCUCUUCCCCCUUCAUUAAUGCCCCUUCCUUGAAACCAUCACCACUAUACUACCACAGUACCAACCUCUCUCUCUCUCUCUCUCUCUCUCUCUCUAUAUAUAUAUAUAUAUAUAUACAUAAUACACAUACAUAGCAUACCAUCAUCAACAUCACAUUCACAUACACACACAUACAUAAACUAGUUAAAUUCUCGCACCUUUCACUUGCUCAGUUGUUAGCUUUUUGCAUUCUCCAUGGCAUCACUGUUCACAAUACUCUUCUUCGCCACCAUCUUCUUGAUCCUCCUUCUCCUCCGCCGGAGCACCCGCCACCGCCGCCUCCGGCUACCACCGGGGACCUUAGGCCUCCCCUUCGUCGGUGAGACCCUGCAGCUCAUAUCCGCCUACAAGAGUGACAACCCAGAGCCCUUCAUCGACCAGCGAGUGAACCGGUACGGUCCGAUCUUCACUACCCACGUCUUCGGCGAACCGACUGUUUUUUCGGCCGACCCGGAGACAAACCGGUUCAUUCUGAUGAACGAGGGGAAGCUUUUUGACUGCAGCUACCCCGGUUCGAUAUCGAACCUUCUUGGGAAGCAUUCGUUGCUUCUAAUGAAGGGUGCUUUGCAUAAGAGAAUGCACUCACUCACUAUGAGCUUUGCUAACUCAUCCAUCAUCAAAGACCAUCUCUUGCUUGACAUAGACAGGCUUAUCCGGCUCAACUUGGAUUCCUGGUCCGACCGGGUUUUGCUCAUGGAGGAGGCCAAAAAGAUAACAUUUGAGCUAACAGUGAAGCAGCUAAUGAGCUUUGAUCCAGGUGAAUGGACUGAGACUCUAAGGAAAGAGUAUGUUCUUGUUAUCGAAGGAUUUUUCACACUCCCUUUACCUCUCUUCUCUACUACCUAUCGCAAAGCCAUCAAGGCAAGGACUAAGGUAGCAGAGGCAUUAACGUUGAUUGUGAGGCAGAGAAGAAAGGAGGGGGAGAAAAAGAAUGAUAUGCUAGGGGCGCUGUUGGCAUCCGGCGACCACUUUUCCGACGAGCAAAUUGUGGAUUUCAUGUUGGCUUUACUCGUCGCCGGAUACGAAACCACAUCUACCAUCAUGACCCUCGCCGUGAAGUUUCUCACCGAGAACCCUCUUGCUUUGGCACAGCUCAAGGAAGAGCAUGAUCAAAUCAGAGCAAAGAAGAGUUACCCUGAAGCACCGCUGGAGUGGACUGAUUACAAAUCCAUGGCAUUCACUCAAUGUGUUGUGAAUGAGACUUUGAGGGUGGCAAACAUAAUUGGUGGGAUAUUUAGAAGAGCAAUGACUGACAUCAAUAUCAAAGGUUACACUAUUCCUAAGGGAUGGAAGGUUUUUGCAUCAUUUCGUGCUGUUCACUUGAACCCUGAUCAUUUCAAAGACGCUCGCACCUUCAAUCCAUGGAGAUGGCAGAAGAGUAAUUCAGAAGCAACAAGCCCUGGGAAUGUAUAUACACCUUUUGGAGGAGGGCCAAGGCUAUGCCCUGGCUAUGAGCUUGCCAGAGUGGUGCUCUCGGUCUUCCUUCACCAAAUUGUCACCCGAUACAGCUGGUAUCCUGCAGAAGAAGAUAAGUUGGUGUUUUUCCCAACAACUAGGACGCAGAAGAGGUAUCCUAUCAUAGUGAAGCGUAGAGGAGUUUCCCAGAGCAUGUAAAGCGCCAUGAGAGCACAAAACAGAGAAAGGAAAAUAAGAGAAGAGGAAGCAGAGAUUAGUGUAGAUCAGUUUGAUCAGUUCAUUGUUCAUUAUAAGUUAAAUCAAAUAUAGUUAAGCAAUUCAUGUAUUAUUUUCUUUAAUUGAGUUAUAGGGAUUUCUAUCUUUUUUACUA